AUGACCUCCCCUGCAAGUCCUGUCAGUCCCAGUACCAGUACUAUCAGCGAUAUGGAUGACUUUCCGGAUCCCCCAAGUCGUGUCUCCCUCGCAAAUGCAAAACUCACCCUUACCGAGCAUGCCAAAUCUCUCGAACAGCUUUCAAGCAAGAUCAACGAAGCAGAAGCUCAUCUUGCACAGAUUGUCCUCGAGGCUCAGUGCGCAAUCAACGAAAUGACCAGGGAAAGGUCUCUAAUUGAAGAAAAGAUUUCUCGAACCCAGUCGUAUCUUGCGCCCACUCGUCGGCUUCCAUCUGAGCUGCUCAGUUAUGUCUUUAACUGGUGCUUUCAGGAUCAUCCAUGUUGUGCUUGGAUUUUAGCAGCUGUAUGCAGGAAAUGGAGGAGAUUGGCUCUGAAUAUGCCCCGGAUUUGGUCAAAGAUCCGCCUUCUCACCACCCAACAUUCAUCUCCAGACAUCAUUAGGCUCUGGCUUGAACGUGCCGGUCCCACUGUCCCUCUCGACAUUGAAAUCUACCUUCGGGUUGUCAAAUCCUCACCUGAUGCAUCUCCGAAACCACGGAUCAGAAGCCGUCGUUCGACUUCCCCCACCUCGCCGGCUGCGUUAUUCUAUUCCGCUUGGUCCACUCACCAUCAAGUCCUUCCCGGUGGCGCUGGAAGUUCGGUUACCGGUCCCCCUGUCGCACAUUAUGUGAUUCCGCAUCCAUCCACUGCCCUACCCCCUGCUCACACGCCUCUGAUUGUCCCCUUCGCCUCACAACCUGUCACUCCCAUUCAUGACGGGUGGGAUCCCUGGAUUCCUUCCCCUCCACCCUCCUUUGCACACGUCAGUCUCAGUCACCGUGACAGACGCAACAACAAAUAUGACCGCAGUUCAGUCAACGGCCCGAGGAAUGGUAAUCAUUGGGGUUGGAUUGCCAUGUUUUAUCUCGUCGAACAGAUUCAACGAUGGGAACGUUUCGUUUUUAGGUUUGAUAAGCAUUUCAACUCGAUUGCGGCCCUGAGAUCUAUCAAUGGAGAUGCUCCAUUACUGAAGGAAUUCGAAGUGUCCUCUGCAGAACCGGCGUUGUACCAGGAAUGCUCGUGGCUACCCAACUUGAAUUUCCCAUCCGCCAAUCUGACUGGGUCUUCCUUGCAACAUGUUCCUGCCCUCCCUCAGCUUCAGAGCCUCACUCUCCAAAAUGCACCUUUCAAAUGGUCUUCACCCAUGUUUCAUACCAAUCUACAUACACUGAACCUCCGUGCACUUCCGAAUAGCCAACUCUCUCUGGAUCGCAUCUUUCACAUCCUCCAUGCAAACCGUAACUCUUUGAAACGUCUUUCACUUCACUUCCAAUCGGUUACCCAAACGGUCCUCCCACUUAACCCGCUCCUGUUACCCGAAUUGACAGAGUUCAACAUAGGAGGCCAUCACUACCUUUGCCAACUCGUCGAGAUACUAACUUUACCGAAUUUGGAAGAAUUUAAUACCGACAUCGAUGCAAGAGAUCCAAUCGAGGAUAUCAUAGCGGGCUUGUUGACGAGGAUGGGCCCCCUGAGCACGGGAAUCAAACACCUCAGUGUUGCUUAUGGAUACGGUUGUGGUAGAAGGGCCACAAAGGACGCCCAGCAACUUAGGGAGAAAGACGGAAAAAGCAGACUUUCCAAUUUAGAUUGCUCCCCGUCGUCAUCGUCUUAUCCAGCGAGUACCGGCUCUCCGUCAAGCCUUUACUACGGGACGGGCACAAUUGUAUCGUGGGCUUUUCUUACCGACAUGAACCAGCUGGAGAGCUUACGCGUAGGGGGUACACCCAUGGACACACUGCUCAGUGCUUUGGGUGCUCCAGAUGAUGACUUACUGUCUGGAUCUGCGGCUGCGGCGGGUGUGGCAGUUCCUGGGGGAACGACUAGCAAUAGUUGGCUCUGCCCCAACUUGUCAGAGGUGGCAAUGAAACAUUGUCAUGCACAUUCCGAAGGGAUUGGGAAACUUGUUCAGUUUGUGGACGCCAGGAAUCCAGAUACAAACGUGACUGGCACUGGUUCGGGAGCGAUGGUCGUCAACGGGGUGGCACCGACAAGGCUGGCCACUCUAGAGUUGUAUGAAUGUGCGGCAUUGGGGCCAGAUGUUUUGGAAUGGCUGAAGGGGAGGGUUGAAGACGUCCAGGUUUCUGAACUUCCGUACGAAAGAUCAUCGCUAAGUCCAUAUUAG